GACCCUUCCAAAGCUUCUGAGUACAUAGUACGGUGCUCAUGCUCCCCACGCCGCCAGCGCCAUGAUGGCUCCUGUCCCGCCCACGCGGCCAACCUUCAGUGGGAGUCCCCUCCCAACGUUUUAUCCCGACCGAUCAGCAUUUGAAGCAAGAGAUCCAGCUGCUCGAAAAUUUGAGCGGCCCAUCGGUGAAGCUUGAAUCGAUCCGUCAUCUUGAACCACUCAAACCAACAUCAACGUUUGGUUGUGAGGCAAGUUUCGUUUAACCGAAACCGCGCCCCAGCCUUUUUUCGGAACCAGAAAAGAAUCCACGAACCUGAACAUGUCUGCUCGCCGCUACACCAUCGACGAGCUCAAGGAGCUUCACCAGCCAAGUAUGCCGGCGCUUCAAAUGACGAUUCAUACCACACAAAGAGAGGGUACGACAGUCCUUCUUACCACCGCCAGUUCACCAAGCAUAUGCCAGGCCGCCAAGUUAGGAAAAAUGACGUUCAAGAUCCCUCCCGGCAAGUACACUACCGCUACCGCUCGCACCGUGGAUUCUUCUGGCUCAACGCCCAUCACAGCCACCCAAGCGGCCCAACCAUCGUCUCGCAAUGAUAUCGACAUCAGUAGCGAAGACGAGGAGGGGUCCCAGAACGCCCAGCCAGCAAAUAGUACACCCUUCUCCGUGUAUGACCUCAAGCUCGUCUUCACUGCCAGGAGCGUCAUGGAUGACGUCCGCGACCGCGAUGUUAUUGUUGACCUUGAAACCGACUUUUUUGAGUCCUUCGACAACUUUGAGUUCGAGGUGGAUGCGGGUUUGUCCAGUUCGUCCAUCGUCAUGCUGCCGAGAUGGUCACCACUGCCAGUUUACGAAGCAGAUGCCACGCCGCCAAGUUCGCUUCGUCAAGUCCAAGAUUUAUCCAGCCGGGUGCAGCAAAUCACCUCUGAUUUCGAAGCCGAGCGAAAAUUUUUGUCUUUCCGGUCCGAAGUUUCUGCGAUUAGCACGUGCGGAAUGAAGAGGGAUUGCGAAUUCGACGUGUUCACUGGAUGGAAAAUGCGGCAGGACUCCUCAUUUCAAGAUGAUUGAGCGGCAGGACAGACUUCAAGAUGAUUCAUGUUCACGAAGAUUUUAAUACUGGGCGG